AUGGCUGCCUCUCGCCUAGAUCAGUUGGUCAAGGGUGCACCGCCGCCAGACGCACAUCUUCCCUUCAACGACGCCCCAGCGCCCUUGCCCAAGUCCUACCUCGAAGGAUCAAAGAUCGAUUCCCGACCUACCACACCAGACCCGCUCUCGACGUUACCCUCGUCGCCGCCGCAGAUAUACCUGAACUUACUUAUACUUGAAAGCUCCUUGCGCGCGCAGUAUCUGGCACUGCGAGAGCGUCGUCGACAAAAUACUUUUUUUCUCCUGCUGCUGGCGUUAUGGGUUGUAUAUUUUUUCUAUGCCUUGUUCAUGCGCCCUAGAGAAGAUGGGAGCGGCGUGGGAGGCUCAGUAUAUUGGAUGGUAGAAACGGCCGAAAAGGUUGCAUUUAUGGGAGGCAUUGUUACUGGAAUUCUGGUCUGGGGUACAGGACAAUGGGAACGAGGGAUGCGAUGGCCUCGGCGCUGGUUCGCCGUUGCUAAUCGAGGCUUAAGGGGAAUGAAUACCAAGAUAGUCUUGAUUCGCGGUCCGUGGUGGAAAGAGCUAUUAUCAUUGCUCUCCUUUAUUUUCCCAUACUCCUCGCUAUUCCAAUCACCGAAGAAUUUUCAAUAUGUUGAGCUACAUUCAUCCGAAAAGCGUGCUGCCAGACAGCACCACUCCGUUCAUGACCACGAUAGCGACUCGGCUUUCAUUGAAGAAGACCUAGCGCCUGGAGUUGGGAUGAAUACCGAGCAGACUACUGGGAGAAAGAGAAUGAAAGACGUGCACUACUCCGCCGAAGAGUUCAGGAGCGAGAACGUCAACGAGCCCGUCAAGAGGGAGGUUGGUUAUGGUGGCUUCCCUUUACCUGGUCACGUCAGCGUAGGCAUGUCCAUACCCAUCACCAACAUCAGCACCAUCGACAAAUGUCUAGUGUUGCCAAGACCCAUGAUGGCCGAGCUCGCCGCAAUACUCGCUCCAACUCACAAUCGCUUCAUACUCGGGGCGCAAAAAAAGCACAAGGCCCUCGAGUUCACGUGGCCCUUCGCCUCUGACUCCUCAAGUGUCUUCGAAACGGGAUUCGACCAUAUCAAUAUCUUCUACGACCUCUGA